AUGGACUUUUUCCGGAGCUAUGCAUUUGCGGACCACGUCGAGGCACUCAUGCUGGACCACCAUGUUCCCGGCGUCUCCGUCGCUAUUGUUCGCGGAAACGGACCAGCCGUGGCGAGAGGAUUCGGAUAUGCUUCGAUGGCGAGGAACGAGCCUUGCACCCCAGAAACGCUCUUUGAUGUUGCUUCGUUGGCAAAGUCCUUGACUGCUGCUGCCGUGGCCCUGCUGGUCGCGGACAAUGAAAACCACGCACACGUCCAGUACGACACGCCAAUGUCGUCACUGUUGCCAGAUGAUUUUGUCAUGUCCAGCGCGGAGCAUACAAGAGGCGCUACUAUAGACGACUUGCUGAGUCACAGGACAGGAAUGGCAGGUCAUGACGAUUCAUACAUGGGACUCGGCGCCGCAGAGCCCGACACUCCUCGUUCCAUCACGAGAAAUCUUCGUAAUCUCGCUGUUGCUGCGCCGCUCCGCUCCAGAUAUCUCUAUUGCAACAUGAUGUACACUGUCGCGACACAUCUCGUCCAAGUGGAGAGCGGGCAGUCCUUUGCCGAAUUUCUUGAGCAGCGCAUUUUCGAGCCCUUGGGCAUGGAAUCGACCACUCUCCAGCCAGACCGUGCUCGAGAACGGGGACUUGGCCAUCGAUUUGCUCAGGGUCAUAUCUGGGACAAGGCCAGCGAAACCUACCGAGCGCUCGAGUGCCGCACUUGUCCCGAGGGGCAAGGUGCAGGCUCCAUCAUAUCCUCAGUCGACGACUUCAUCAAAUGGGUGCAAGCAUUGAUGAUGCGGACUUUUCCGGUGACUGAGCAGGUGUAUCAGGGCUUGGUCCGGAUGCGAUCCAUUGUGAACCCGACCGGACGGCGACUCAAGCCGCACUCCUCGCCUGCCCUGUACGCAGCUGGCAUGGAAGUCUACUACUACCGUGGACAUGAAGUGAUUGGACACGAUGGUCACAUUACGGGUUUCGCGAGUCGAUUUGUCUUCUUGCCUGGCUUGCCAUUCGGUAUUGUGGUCAUGGGUAAUUCGGCAGGGGCGGGCGCAGUCUGCAGCUCAAUGAUCCGCGUAUUAACGGAUGACGCUUUGCAUGUCCCCGACUCGGAGCGGCAUUUGCUGAAGAAGAAAAAGGUCAGGACGAAGAAGUCCAUCCCUGUACGAACAAAGCAUUCUCCACGCAACGCUCAGACGUCGCUUGCGGAAGCCGCACCCACCGGCCGCGGCGGAUUCGUCAAGACCGAAGAUGAUAGAACAGGAAAACUGCCGGAAACAGCACUGAAAGCGUACAUUGGAAAGUAUAGUAACCCAGGCUACCACGUACUCACCGUGAUUGUGAGAGACGGCAGGCUGUUUGUUGACGCGACCGAUCGGUCGAUGGGGUUUACUCUCACCUUUGAGCACUUCGAGGACCAGUCAAGGGGUAUUGCGUACCUGAGUGAUGCCGUGGAAGGUGGCAGUGAGCCCGUGGAUGCAAAGUUUAUUUUCCAGGACGGCAGGGUCGUGCGGCUGGGGCUGGAUCUUGAGCCCGCGAUACGAGACCUCAUUUGGUUUGAUCGUCUGGCAGCUUCCUCUUGUGGGUAG